AUGCCUUCGGUUCUUUUUGUUCUCACUUCGGCUGACAAAAACCUCGUUGGCGGACAAACUGGCUUUUACCUACCAGAAGCCGCACAUCCGUACUAUACUUUCGCACCGCAUGCCAACAUCGACUUUGCGUCUCCCAAAGGUCCAAACCCUCCAGUUGAUAAAGGAAGCAUCGAGGCGUCUGCCAAGGAUGACGAAAGUGUCAAAUUCCUCAAUGACACGACCGUAAAGUCCAAGCUAGCCAACGCGAAACAGUUAUCCAACGUGAAUGCGAAAGAUUAUGAUGCUAUCUUCUACGUUGGCGGUCACGGACCAGUCAUCGAUCUUCCUAAUGACCCUGUUAACGUCAAGCUGGCUUCUGAGUUCUAUCAGUCAGGAAAGAUUAUAGCCGCAGUGUGUCACGGACCUGCUGCCCUCCUUAACGUCGUAGGUGUAGAGGGGAAGUCCAUUUUCUCGGGAAAGGCUUUCACUGGUUUCUCCAACGCAGAAGAGGAGUCCAUCAAUGCUGUUAAUUCCAUUCCCUUCUUGCUUGAAACCGAGAUUACCAAGCGCGGCGGAAAAUAUGAAAAGGCCGAACAACUUUGGGGGGCAAAAGUGGUGGUCGAUGGUAAUCUGUACACCGGACAGAAUCCUGUUUCUGCAAAACCGCUGGCAGAGGUUAUCCUUAAAGGAUUGCAAAAAUGA